AUGUCUUUAAAUGCUAAUAAUAAUAAAGUUAGUAAUACUGUUAACCAGUCAAAAAUUUCAACAAAUACUACUCCUGUGACUCAAUGUUGGGGUGACCGUCAUGAUUCGUCUGCUGUGGAUUCCCAUUGUGAGUCUCAUGAUGAGGCUGGUGAUGGCUUUAAAAUGGUUACAAAUAAAAAGCAGAGAAAGUCACCUAAGUCCAAUCAUUUCAGCCAAUUGCCCAAUACCAAUAGCGGUUCCAAAACUUUGUCAAAGAAAAUUUUCGGUACAGGACUUGAUUGUCCAUUCAAGGCUUCAAAAGUUAUCGUUAAAAAAACUACAUAUUACGUAGGCAACGUCGGCCCCUGUGGUAAAAAUGUAAUUGAAGAUCAUUUAAAGUCAAAAAAUAUCGCUAUCACCAGCUGUUUCCCGAUUUUACGUAAAAAAAAUUCUGAUGAUCCUCCUAUCGAUGUUAACACCGAAUCAACUGCGUUUAAAAUAGUUUUGCCGGUAGAUGAUUUACCUAAGUUGUUGAACCCAGAUAUCUGGCCUCAAUAUGCUUUUUUCCGUGAGUGGGACUACUCAAAGAUAGGCUCAGCCCAGUUAUCCUCGCAGAACGCUAAAACUACUGACCAUGGCGGAAUCAAGUUUGAUUUGGUGGCUGUCACUGAGACCUGGUUGAGAGAUGCUACCUCUGCUUUGAUAAAUUUAUCUGGUUUUAAAUUUGUAUGCGUGAAUCGUAUUGGCAAUAUUGGUGGUGGUGUUGGUUUAUUUGUUAGAGAUGGCUUAAAUUAUUAUUCCUUAAUAUCAGCGGCCACUCGUGUUACUGCCACUAACAUUGUUAAAAAUGCAAUCAUUACAAAUUGUAAAUCUUUCCGUAAGAAAUCCCUUAAGAGGAAGCCGUGGAUUACUUAG